AUGAGCGAAAGAGAUAUUGAUAUUAAAAAUAAACUAAAAAGGCAAGAGGUUUAUGCCAAAUUAAAGCAUGAUAAAAACAAAGAACGUCACAAGAUUAGAAAACAAAGAGCUAAAGAUGAGUUGGAAAAUCCAGAAUUAAAAAAGAAUAGAUUAGCCGCAAAUAUCCCAAAGACUAUUGAUAAUACUAGAGUUUAUGAUGAAACCAUAAAUAGGAAACCAGAUGAAGUUGCUGAAAAUGUACAGCAAAAUAACGAAGAUAGCACCACAGAAGAAACUAUGGAAGAUGAAUUGAUGGAAUUAUUCAAUAAUACCAAGAACGAACCUCCUAAAAUUUUAUUAACCACUAAUGUUAACGCUAAAAAAGCAGCUUAUGAGUUUGCUAACGUUUUAAUAGAAAUCUUUCCUAAUGUCACCUUUGUCAAGAGAAAAUUUGGCUAUAAACUAAAAGAAAUUGCUCAGUUCUGUAAUAAUAGGAGCUACACUGAUUUAAUAAUUAUCAAUGAAGAUAAGAAAAAAGUUACUGGACUAACAUUUAUCCAUUUACCGGAAGGACCAAGCUAUUACUUUAAAGUUAGUUCAUUUGUAGAAGUCAAAAAAAUUGUUGGACAUGGUAAACCAACAAGCCAUAUUCCUGAAUUGAUUUUAAAUAACUUUCAAACCAAAUUGGGUAAAACAGUUGGCAAAUUAUUUCAAACACUAUUUCCCAAACAUCCAGAUUUUGAAGGUAGACAAGUUAUAACGUUGCAUAAUCAAAGAGAUUACAUUUUUUUCAGAAGACAUCGUUACUUAUUUAAAAAUGAAGAAAAAAUUGGACUACAGGAGUUGGGUCCACAAUUCACGUUGAAAUUGAAACGGUUGCAAAGAGGUAUUAAAGAAGAAGUUGAAUGGGAACAUAAACCUGAAAUGGAUAAAGAAAAGAAGAAGUUUUAUUUAUGA